AUGAAAAUAGAUCCUAAAAAGUUAAAAAGUGUUAAUUUCUGCCGUUCUCGUGAACUUGCUGCGGCGAUAUGUGGUGUGAGUGUUAGAACGGUCGACAAAAUUAAAAAUGAGUGUGUAAAGGGAGAAGUUAGCUCUCCACGAGAAAGCAUCAAUCGGCCUUGUACAGUAACUGCGUUAGACGACUUUGACAAAAGUGUAAUUAAACAAAUAGUGUCAUCGUUUUAUUGCGACGGUGAAUAUCCUUCCACGGCUAAAAUUUUGAGUAGAGCAACAGAAAGAAUUGACGGAUUCCAGUGUUCCAUUACUUCUAUGCGUAAAAUACUCAUAGAACUUGGGUACAAGUACAUACAAGCUUCAUAUGGUCGUAAACAAUUGAUGGAAAGGACUGACAUCGUUUGUGCGCGGCUACAAUUCCUGAGAAAACUCAAGACCCUGAGAGAUAGUGAAGACACUCGACCAAGAAUUUAUUUAGAUGAGACUUGGGUGAACCAAAAUCACAGCCGCAAACGAAUUUGGCUAGACAAGGAUGGACAAGGUGGCUUAAAUACAAAAACGGAAAAGAGGGGCAAGCUAAUUGUUCGUCAUGCAGGCUGCGCAAAGUAUGGUUUUAUACCCGAAGCCAGAUGGGUCUUCCGCGCUGUGAAGUCUCCGAACGAGGGCUACCAUUCAGAAAUGAAUGCCAAAGGCUUCACACACUGGUUUACAAAACUGCUGCAGAGUCUUGAAGAACUAUCAGUCAUCAUAAUGGACAACGCACCCUACCACUCCCAGCAAAUAAAUCAGGCACCAACAUCAGCUAACAAAAAGAGUGAAAUUCAGGAGUGGCUCCGCGAACACGGGAUUGAGUUUAGUGAGAGUGAGCUCAAGCCGGAACUAUUACAAAAGGUGCACCGGAACCGACCAGAAAAAAUAUACGAAUUGUAUCAGUUAGCUUUGGAGUCAGGACACGAAGUGAUUCGCUUACCACCUUACCAUUGCCAAUAUAACCCAAUUGAGUUGGUAUGGGCUCAAGCAAAAAAUGAAGUUGCCAGCAAAAAUAGAACUUUUAAAAUUGCUGACGUCGAAGUGUUAGUGCAUAAGGCAAUUUCGAACGUUUCGCAAAAGAACUGGGAAGAUUGUGUGAAGCAUGCAGAAAAACUCCAAGAGGUAGACUUGAAGAAAUCUCAUCUGGCAGAAGAAUUCGUAAUUCAUGUGGAUGACGAUGACUCUGAUGAUCCUGAUUUAUUAGUAUACUAAUAAUUUAUUUUUAUAUCAUUAUUAUCUUUUUUGCUGUUAAUUUUAAACUUAGACAAUUAUUUAUAUUUAUUUUUAAUAUACAGUGAAUUUAGGUUAUAAUGACGGCGGAGGGGGCACUUUAAUGUCGUCGCUAUAUCCGGAGGCCGCCUCCUACAUCUAAAUUAUUUUGACCUUCACCAAAUAAACAGUACUUUUUGAGCUU